GUGGUGGUACGUUGAUGAGGAAACUGCAAGACCAUGCGCCGAAUUCGACACAAGUGUUGGGUUUCUUAACGUUGAUGAUAUCAGGAGCGAUACUGCUACUUCUGACAGGGCUGACGGUGACGGUCACCGUGUUGGGAUUGAUAUUCUUUGCGCCGUUGAUACUGUUGACGAGUCCCAUAUGGGUGCCGGUAGGGGCAGUGUUGUUGAUGGGAGUGGGCGGGUUGUUGAGCAUGUGUGGGCUUGGAGUGGCGGUGGUGGCUGGGUUGACUUGGAUAUACAAGUACCUAAGAGGUGCUCACCCUCCUGGAUCUAACAGAAUAGAUUAUGCAAGGAGCAGGCUUGCGGAUACGGCCAGCCAUGUCAAGGAUUAUGCUAGGGAUUAUGGUGGCUUCUUACACACUAGGGUCAAGGAUGCUGCUCCUGGCGCUUGAUGAU